UAUUCGUCGAAAGUUCAAUCAAUAAUGAAAAAAUAUUUAUUGUAAAUUUUAUUAUAGCAAAUGAACGUGACGCCAAGAGUUUGUAAAUCACAUGCAAUUUUUCGUCGUGGUAUAGUGAACUAUCUAUCUCGACGUUAUUUAAACCUGAACAUUUUUACGAAGAUGGUUCGAAGUUCUCUGCAAUCUCUCACCAGUUUAAAGAAGCAAAAGACAAAGUGGGAUCUUUAACUCAAGAUCCAGGGAAUGAAUUGAAGUCAUAGAUGUACGCCCUUUUUAAGCAGGGUUCUUUAGGCAAAUGUAAUACACCAAAGCCUGGGACUUUGGACUUUGUUGGAAAGGCAAAAUGGAAUGCAUGGAACGAUUUGGGUGAUUUAUCACAGGUAGAUGCACAAAAACAGUAUAUAGCACUUGUGGAGACUUUACUAGGACAAGAACCCAAGAUUAACAGCCAACCCAACAAAGACAUUAAUACAUCAAAUGAGUUUGAAAAUAUUCUUGUCUCUCCUGAUGGCGGUUUGAGGACAAUCACAAUGAACAGGCCUGAUAAAUACAAUGCUUUGACCCCAAAGGUUUAUCAAGAUUUUCUUCGACAUUUCCACCAGCUGCUGGUUCAGUUCAUUAAAAGUUCCGUUUAUUCAAAACCAUUUGAAAUAUGCAACAAAGGACAAAUACUCUGCAGCAAGGGGCCCGCAUCUCGCAAGAAGCCGCAAGUCUCUCAUCAAUUUUCAUUCAAUUGCUUCACGUUUUGUCAACGCCACAAACGAAGAAUAAUGUUUACGAAGCUGAAAGCCACAUGUUUUUGAUGAAGCAGCCAUUGGCAAUGAACUUUUAACAUGCAAUUGGCAUAGAAGAAAGCGAUCCGUUUUCAAACUGUGAAUUUGUUAUUUAUGGAAAGUAUUGGUGGUUUUCAUAUGCGUCAUGCUGAUGGACUCCUUACAAAAUAAUAUCAUUGGAUUCCCUUUGCUAUUAGGCGACAUGGUGGAUGCCCUUUCUUUGUUUGUUAUUCCCUUAAGACACACAUGAAAACCAAGAAUUGCUGUUUUCAAAAUUAUAAUUAAUGUUUGCCUGAUGAGAUGAAGACAAGAAAGAGCGGCUCGCAGCUUUGGCAGAAAAACGUGUAAAGUAAAUUUGGAAUGUGAGAUAUAUUGACGUCGGACAUUUCUCGUUUUGCUUCCUUUGCAACAUAAUGCUAUUUAUAUUUCGCCAAGGUCACAAUUCGUUUGUUGAAGUUUGGUGAAGAAGCCAUUUUCAAUGAAGUUGAAAGCGAUGUGGUAAGUUUAUAUUAUUUUUCUAUAUCUUUAGAUGAUUCUUGGCUCGAUGUUUUUCUUCAAUCAUAUUUAGCAGAUAUAAUCACCAACAACUUGAUUUUCACGCUUGCUAGCGUCAGGAAUACGUCUAAAAAGAUAUUGUGAUAAAAAUCAUCUCAUAAAAA